AGGCGGAAGGACAGUAAAAACCCAACGACGCGCGGACGGAGGUGCUAACGUACCCAUCGUCAAUUUCGUUAAACAAAUUUGCCGGUUUGUUGCGUCGCGUCGCACGAUAAUUUCGGGAGUGUCGUUCGUAGUAAUUGAACUAAAAGACUUUUCUUAAGGCCAUUCGAUUGACGUCCUAAUUCGAACCGGCGCGGUGGUCGCACUUCCGAUAUACCUGAUGAAAUAAAGCAUUAUUGAGGCGUUGCCCGGGCAAUGUCCUCACGCCAAGUGCAUCGUGGCGGCUACAAUGUUCAUAAUAUGUGUGUUCGCGGGGCUUAAGUAACUUUAAUGAAUUGCUGACAAAUCGAAGAACGUGUUCUGUCCAAUAGUCUGGUCCUAAUCAGCAAGAGUUUGAUCGAUUGAUUUGAAUCCAUCGCUUCUUUUGUCUACCAAUUAUCCUAUUCAUCAUUUACGUUUACGGUGUCGCCACAUAAAUUGUGUACAAAGCUGGUUUUGCCAGCUUAGCUGGCGGUUUAGCGCGUUGAGAAGUCCCAUUUCCUGGAUUGUCUGGCAUUGGCAAUGGAUACCUUCUUUCUCAUUACGUCUGAUCUGAUUUGUGAUAUUGUAGCAUACCAUUCUGGUAUACCACGCUGGUUUCUCAUUUGAAUCACGGUUAAUUAAUAUAUGGUCGAGUCAGUUCUAGAUGUGAUUUUUGCACGAGACAAAAGUUGUCGAAUUCAAUUCGAUUAAAGUUAUCAUCUCGUCGAUUCGAAGUGCAAACUCGUCUAACAGAAUAUGAUAGCUUAUCAUAGGCUUAACGGGUAUAAACGGGAGUAUUACGUGAAAGACUUGUACAAUAUAGAUAAUUAGUUCGCGCGCAGAUUGUAGUUAUUCGCAAGUGUUUUUCGCGAGUGAGUGCAACGUGAAGAGGAGAUCUGACAAUUCACCAUUCUGAGAGGAGGAGGAGACCUAGGAGAGGCAUCGGGCACCGGCGCGGCGGAGCAACCAAUCAUCGUAGCUACGUGGCUGAUAACUCCGCCCGUUGCACAUCAGAUCGAGCAAACAAGGUGCAGGUGAAUCGAAUCAGCAAAUGGAAGAUCCGCCGGAGAUUUCAUGGGAGAACACGUUGGGCUCGCCUCACGGCGUGCCCUUCGACGACGAUACAAAAGAAUUGCUCAGGAAGUGCCUCGAUGUCUCCGUGCCGCCACCGAUCGGCGUGGCGGAGCUAAUCAGACGAAGCAAUGAGUUCCCUGUAAAGUUCCCAAUUAACACCGUAAGAUGCGCUACCUUGAAGGACAGGGGAAUCAGCGCGGAUACUAUCGAGUUAAACGCAAAUUCGGUGUAUCCGCUAAUACACGAAGCGAUGUUGCCCUUAAUUGCUCGAUGGCUGAAACAUAAGCGAUUAUAUGGUAGUCCUGUUGAGAAAGCCAUGUAUGCGGACAUGGGCCUUGUUCAAUUUAUCCAUCGCCUGCUGGAUAAAAGGGCAGCCACCUUCUGCGGUCCCAUAGAUCGAUGGAAAUUACUUGAUAAUAAGACCGGCUUCGAUGGAUGGGAGAGUGUCGGUACCGAUCAUGAGGAGGAACCAUUGGUCCUAGCGAAAUGCUUGAGCUACGACGAGAUCAAAUUGUCGGCAAUGAUGGUGAUGUCUUCUCAUACGGAGUUCAUAAACGACGGCUCGCGAAAUAACAGAGGUAUCGUGAGCAGUGACCCAGACGUCGUCCAACCCAGAGGGGUCAUUAUAGGUGUCGUAGGCUCAAGAUUCCAGAGGCCCAGAUUUAUGGAGUAUCAGGACAUUGUCAUCACGCCAGAACAAAACAAUAUCGAUAACGGAUACGGAUCCGCGAUGGAUGGCACACUCGAAGAAAAACGUGGGAUGCGUGUUUUAUGGGCCAAAUUUUAUGGCGAGGAUUAUCAUCCGCUCUACGAAGAAGUCACGACGCGCAUGAGGUCAAAAGAGAACAAGCGAUAUAUAUCUUCAGGCUGUCAGAAUAUCUUCGAUAUUGAGAAUUACAUGAAGAGAACUUUGCUCUCGGCAGAAAUAAUACUACUCGAGGCGAACAGCCGCGCCGAGAAACAAAACACAACCGCUUUCUUGCACGUGGUCGGUUUUGGACUCGGUGUCUGGAAAAAACUUCAGAAUCAGGAAGUCUACUUCCUGAAAACAUUCGAAAUCGCUAUCAGGAAGAUGAACGAGAAGUUUAAAUACGUUUCUGAUAUCAUGUUCGCUUAUUUCGGGCAUCAGAAAUGCGGCAGCGCGGGAAACGGCGAUUAUCUGGGUGAUAUAAAGAUACAUUUUGCUCGGAGAGCACCACACAGUAGACUGUUCGAAGCCGACGCGAAUAAACUCCUCGUUGUAACUUACGCUUGGGAUGGAAAUACAUUACCAGGGAAUGAAUUCUGGAAAGGAAGUCUAAGCACUAGUGGCGAUCCAGCGGCCGCGUGCAGCACUCAAAUAGCCGAGCUGCAUAAUGCCAAGAUCAAUCCACACGCGUGCGGCGCCAGCUUGCACAUCGCAUCCGCGGAGCAUGGGAUCCUACACAUAUUGGAUUAUGCGAAGCUCCAUCUUACUUAGUUAAUCCCCGAUCCAUAUAAAACUUAUUUUUUCCAAAAAAAAGGUAAAAUUAAGCGGCAAGUGUAAUUCGUAUUAAAUGUAUUCCGUUUGUAUUUUUUAUUACUAAAACAAUAUUAGGAGGUUUGCGCCAAGUGAAUAUGAUAAAUUAGUAACAUCUUGGUUCCUUUUUUAUUUUUUUAUUUUUUUUUAUAAUCCCUAUUUCAGUUCCUUUUCUUAUUACACAUCAAAAUACUUUCAACGUUUGACUUUAAUAUUGAAGUCUAAUAAUAAAAUUGUGCAAUAUA